UCUGUUUUAUACACACGAUCAGCAAAGCACACUAUAUAUGGAACAUCACUCGAGCUCUCGCUCCAUUGCUCAGGUCAGAAACACAGAGCCGCGGCAAGAGAGAGAGAGAGAGCUUCUCUGCCAAGAGGAAGCCAAGGGGGAAGAGUUCAAGAAGGAGCCGGGCAGAAUGGCUCUGGCUCCCCUCGUCCUCUCCCUCCUCCUCGUCUCCUGCGCCGCGCAGUCCCCGGCCUCAUCACCGUCGGCCUCGAACGCUCCUCCGGUCAGCGCCUGGUCGCCUCAAGCCUCUGUUGCGCCACCAACAACGGCAGCCUCAGCGCCGCAGGUCUCUACCGCGCCGCCAACAGCAGCAGCCUCGGCGCCGCAGGUCUCUACCGCGCCGCCAACAGCAGCAGCCUCGGCGCCGCAGGUCUCUGCCGCGCCACCAACAACAGUAGCGGCCUCGGCGCCGCUGGCCUCUGCCGCGCCGCCAACCACAGCCGUCUCGGCGCCGCAGGUCUCUGCCGCACCUCCAACGACGGCCGCCUCGGCACCCCAGGUCUCUGCCGCGCCGCCAACCGCAGCCGCCUCGGCGCCGCAGGUCUCUGCCGCACCUCCAACAACGGUCGCCUCGGCACCCCAGGUCUCUGCCGCGCCGCCUACCACAGUUGCCUCGGCGCCGCAGGUCUCUGCCGCACCUCCAACGACGGCCGCCUCGGCACCCCAGGUCUCGGCCGCACCUCCAACCACGGUCGCCUCGGCACCGCAGGUCUCUGCCGCACCGCCCACUACCGCCACCUCGCCGUCACAAGCCUCUGCGGCGCCACCGACCACAGCUGCCUCUCCCCAGCUGGCUGCUACGUCACCUCCGGUUUCCUCUCCGCCACUAGCUGCCACGUCUCCCGUCUCUGCGCCCCCUACGGCAGUGACUGCUCUUCCUCCAGCCAUGCCACCAGCGACGCUUCCUCCGGCCAUCCUGCCGCCGGCAUUGGCUCCAUCGCCACUUCUCGCUGCCCCAGUCAUGCCGCCCAUCGCACCGCCGAUCACGGCUCCCGUGCCAGCUCCCGUGUCCCCUGCUCCGAGCGUCGCCCCGACUCCGUCGCCCACGAUGGCUCCGACUCCGUCACCCACGAUGGCCCCGACUCCGUCACCCACGAUGGCCCCGACUCCGUCGCCCAUGAUGGCUCCGGAGCUGUCACCCACGAUGGCGCCGGAGCUGUCUCCGCUCAGCUCGGUGUCGGUGAGCCCUUCCCUGGCGCCAGGGCCGGCGCUCGCUCAGGAGGACGAGUCGGCGGCGCCGAGCGCAUGCACCGGAGUCGCCGCUCUGGUCGCGUUGGCGGCUGCAGGGCUCGUGGUCUUGUUUUAAGUAGGGUUGCGUUUACCAUUACUUCCCUACUGCCGUCACACGAUCGUAUUAUCUUUUUGGUGUUUAUGGUUGCAUGUAUGACUCUUGCUGUAUAACACAUUGAUAAUUUACUUCUAUUUCUG